GGCGGGGGCGCGCGGGCCGGCGUCUCCGGCUGCGGCGGCAGCUAUGGCGGCGGCGGCCUCCCAGCGAGACCCGGGGGACUGGCAAGAUUUCUCGGGCUUCCAGCCCUCGGCGGGGAGCGGCCCCGAGGCUGCCCGUGACAAAGGUGGCUGGGGCGGCGGCGGGGAUUUGGUGGCGAAGUUGUCCCUCUGCUUUGAGCCCCCGCAGGCCCGGGCUGGCGGCGGCGGCGAGAGCCGCGUUCCGCUGCGGCCCCUCACGGAGCAGAGCGCCCUGCAGGACGACGAGAUUUGGAAUGCUUUGACUGAUAAUUAUGGUAACGUAAUGCCUGUUGACUGGAAAUCUUCCCACACCAGAGCUUUGCACUUGCCAACACUGAAUCUUUCAGAAAAAGGGGUAAAUGAUAACUUGAACCUUGAUCUGUCAGAUGACGAAGAGCUGAGAGAACAGUUGGAUAUGCAUUCUAUCAUUGUUUCCUGCAUCAAUGAUGAACCACUCUUCACAGCAGAGCAGGUGAUUGAAGAAAUAGAGGAAAUGAUGCAGGAAUCACCUGAUCCAGAAGAUGAUGAAACACCCACCCAAUCAGAUCGGCUCUCCAUACUUUCCCAGGAAAUUCAGACGCUCAAGAGAUCCAGUACCAACAAUAGCUAUGAAGAGAGAGUAAAAAGAUUGUCUGUUGCUGAGCUAAACGAACUGCUAGAAGAAAUUGAGACUGCUAUUAAGGAUUAUUCUGAGGAACUGGUACAGCAGUUGGCUCUACGAGAUGAGUUGGAGUUCGAGAAAGAAGUGAAAAACAGCUUCAUUUCUGUCCUCAUUGAAGUACAAAACAAGCAGAGAGAACACAAAGAAACAGCAAAGAAGAAAAAGAAGCUGAAAAAUGGUAGUCCUCAAAAUGGCAAACAAGAAAGAGGUCAUAUGCCUGGAACACGCUUCAGCAUGGAAGGGAUCUCAAAUGUCAUACAGAAUGGCUUCCGCCACACGUUUGGAAACUCAGGUGGAGAGAAACAGUACUUAACAACCGUCAUUCCUUAUGAGAAGAAAAAUGGACCUCCAUCUGUUGAAGAUCUUCAAACAUUAACUAAAAUCCUGCAUGCCAUGAAAGAGGACAGUGAGAAAGUGCCAAGCUUGUUAACAGACUACAUUUUAAAGGUUCUGUGUCCUACAUGAAGAAUGCUGCCUUUCGGAAUUAACCAUGCUCCUUCCUGUGAUGAGGCGCUUUCUGUGGAUAUAACUCAGUAUUUUUUCAUUUGGCAUUAUACCUAAACCAGUAUGCAUUUGCUUCUUCUGUAUGUGCGUGGAUUUUCUGAUCCUACAGUAAGUCAUCUGGGCAUGACAACUCAUACAUUUUAACUUAAUAGUGCAAUGAACUGGAGCAGGGAACAAACAUUGUACAGUUUUAUUCACAUUGUUCUGGCUUUUUAAAGUCUAUUUUUACAUUGUAUAGCAUGUAGUAAAUCCUCCCGCACAUUUUGUUGUUGGAAGGAAAAGCAAACUUUGAAUAGUGUAAAUAAAAUAAGCCUCGUUUUAAGGAAUCCAUAUUUAAAAGCAUCCUUAGUUCCUAUAGCAAAGAUGCAAAAAGGAUCAUAGUUGGGUCUUGGACUAAAAAAUUGAAAUGAGUUCUCCAGGAAGCACUCCAGAACAAUGUUGAUGGAAGUCAGCAUUUGACACUUCUUUUACCACAGUAACUUUGAUUGAACUAUACAACAGUAUUGUUCAUACAGUUAACAGAUCCAGAUUCUUUGAUGGUUUGGCAUAAAUAGUUGGUGUGUUAGCUAUCCUUGUUAUUUAACAUAAACAUCUCUGUAAUGUAGUAUUUCAUAUUUGUUUUUAUUUUAAUUAUUAAUGUUCAUGUGGCUUAGAUAUUCUCCCAUAUUGCUGCUAUAAUUUUACUGUUUUUAAUAAGUGGUUGAUCUUAAUGCUUCAAUAUAUAAACAUUUUAAAAGGCUAUAUCUUUUUAAAAAUACAUGUACAGUUUGAAAAACUUGCACCUGAGUUCCAAGUUAGUAUUAUAUUGACAUGUUUGUUGUUGUGUAUCUCUAAAUUUUACUACAAAUCUCUUGUAAAUUGUAUGCACUCUCUCCUCUGUGAUGUAUCUGCACUCAAACAGAAGAGAAUGUAUUUUACAAACCUUGUAAAAAAAAAAAAACAAAAACAACAAUAUACCCCAUAAUCUCAACAUUAAAUGCUUGUCACAAAUAAUUUUGCCAGUCUUAAAGAUUAGAUUGAAAUAUAAGGAGUAGUAAUAAAAAAGGAACUAUUUUCUAGAUUGAAUUCUUUUUGAUUCUACAUCCAGAUUUAUAUACCCUACAUGUGAAGGCAGUGGAAUAUAAGGUUCAGAAGAGAUAAACAUAUCUUUUCUUCAAACAGUUUUUUCCAUUGUAAGCCUUCAGUCUUUUUGUUAAUGGAAGAGAAAUUUGCUCCUAAAUACCUUGUGUCGUCUUUACCUACCAUCGUCUUUAAUACUCAAUUUUAUCAUCAUCAUCAAAUAAUCAUCUUGAUUAGAAAAAAAAUUAGUUUGAAAAUAGCUCUCAUAAUGCUUUCUUUUUUUUUUUUCUUUUUUUGUAAAGGCCUCGAUAUUUUUGUCAUUUGUGCCUUUUUCAAUUCAGUAAGGUUUUCAGCUUAAAAUUCUUUCCUCCUCCCUCUCCCACUUGACCACCAAUGGAUACUUGCCAGCCUGCUCAGGAAUAAAUGGAUUCUCUGCAUUAAGUGUGUCAUAUGCAACAAAAUUUUUUUGUUGCUUUAUUCUACUUCAUUUGAGGUUUCUCUAACAAGAAAGCUGCCGUUUAUUUCUUUAGCUGAUGUGUUAUGAACUCAUUAUGGCAUGUUUGUUCUACAGACAAGCUUGAUGCUGGCUGUUGAUGCCUGGAAAUUGGCAAAAAGGAUGACUCUGCUUUGCUCCAUUUAAAAAAAAAAAAACAACACAUAUGUUGUGAAACACACCACGGCUCCAAAUGGAGACUCUAUUCAGAGAUAUUUUAAUCUUCUUUUGAGGCUUGAGGUGACAAGGUGGAACAAAAUAAAAACAAGAAGAAAAAAACCAAAACGUUUUGAUAAAGUUUGUGUUGUUAGCUGUAGCAUAUCUUGGAUGACUUAAAGUUAUGAAAUGCUAAAGGUAGUAAAACUUGAACAAAAUCCCAACACUAAAGACAAGAAACAGCUUUAGUGAGCUAAGCAUCUCGCCCCUCAUCAGACUAAACAAGAUUUCAUUAUGAAAAGUACCUGUGUACCUUGUAUGUAGAAUCCUGGCAUUAAACAACAGCUGCCAAAGGUGGCAAGUAAUAUAUAUAUAACUACAUAUGUACAUAAAAAAACAGAUCUCAAAAUAUUUGAAUAAAAAGAACCAUGCAAAUCUGC